UUUGAGGAACAGCAGGAGAGCCAUGAAGCAGGGCCCCACCACCCUCCAGCAGAAUCUGGAAUGUUCUGUGCUGUGCGGGGAGCCAGGGCUCCCUGCCCGGGCUGUGGGAGGCCUCAUCAUCCCCAGAGCUCUCUCUGGGCACAAGUCUGGGUGGCCGCCCCUCCCCCCCCAGAACUACCUCGGUUUCCCCAUCGAUGAAGCAGGAGACAGGGGGCGGUGGGUCCGGGUGGGGCGGUCAGUGGUCAGCCUCUGGCCUUUCAGACACUCGCUGUACAGACCGGUGGUUUCUGCCCACCAAGGCCAAGGUGUUUGUGGCUCUGCCGAGCUUCCCGGGAGCCAGGAACAUGUGGGCGUGGCACCUCAUUGAGCACGUCACCUGCUUCUACACGGGGAGUUACAGCUUCGAUGGGACCCUGUACAACAAGGGGUUAAAAGGGAAGAAGGACCACUGGCAGCCGGCGCACCAUCUGCGAGAAGACCCACGAGAGCGGCCACAGGGAGAUUGAGAUGUUCGAAUCGACCAUCCUGCUGAUCCAGAACCCAUAC